UUUGGGCCUCCGGUGUCCAGCCUCUAAGAUAUCAAGAAUUAUCUCAUCCGAGAGGGACGCUGAGACGCUGCCAUCUCUUCGGUAGAGCAAGAGAGCACGAGAAGGCGGCUCUAUCCGGAUGGCUCUUCUUCUCCACCCUUCUCUUCCUCUCAGCUCCCAGCGGUUUCGUGAAGACUUUUCGACACGCUGUCCGAUUCCCAAAUCUCUCGUCUUUUCCACAAACAGGGGUAGACAGUGGAGCCAUAGUUCAAAAGGCAUUCAGUACUUUGUCAUUAACUGCAGAUCUGCAAGGAUCAAAGAAUCUCCAUCCAGUAAUGCUUCCACAUUGAUAAGAGAACCGCACAAGUAUUUUGAUCAGGUUGUCAUCACUGUACGUUCUGGAGAUGGAGGCCAUGGUGCUGUUCUCAGCUUGCCAAACGUAAGAAAUACUUCCAAGUCACAUGGAAAACAUGACCAGGAAAUGUCAAUGAAAAAGAGCUCAUACAAAAGGGAUUCAGAUGGCUCACUUAUCCUACCUAUGGGUGGACAUGGAGGUGAUGUAGUCAUAUAUGCAGAUGAGAGCAAAGAAUCUCUCCUGGAAUUUCACAAAAAGAGCCGGUACAGUGCAAAGCGAGGGGGGAAUGUUGAUGCCAUGGGUACUUUGACUUCACAAUUGCAUGAUGGAUAUGCUGCACCAAUGCUACGAAUACCUGUUCCUGUAGGUACAGUUGUAAGACGCAAGAGGGGGAAGUUUCUUGCUGACUUAGCACGUCCAGGUGAUGAAAUUCUUGUUGCAAGGGGUGGUCAAGGCGGGAUUAGCUUGUUAGAGAUGCCUGAACAUAAAAGGAAAAGGUUAAUGGCACUAUCUAGUAAUGUGAUGAGAGAUGAAAGUGACAAGGUUCUAGUUCUAGGUCAGCCUGGGGAGGAGGCUAGCUUGGAACUCAUCUUAAGAGUGGUUGCUGAUGUUGGUCUUGUGGGACUCCCAAAUGCUGGAAAGUCAACUCUUUUGGCAGCUAUCACGCUUGCAAAACCAGAUAUUGCUGACUACCCUUUCACAACUUUAAUGCCAAACCUUGGUCGCCUUGAUGGAGACCCUACUUUAGGGGCACUCAAGUAUUCCUCGGGAACAACAUUAGCUGAUUUGCCUGGUCUUAUUGAAGGUGCUCAUUUAGGCAAGGGGCUUGGUCGAAAUUUCUUGAGACACCUAAGGAGAACUCGGCUUCUUGUUCAUGUUGUUGAUGCUGCUGCAGAGGACCCCAUAAAUGAUUAUAGAACUGUCAGGGAGGAAUUACGAAUGUACAACCCAGAUUAUCUUCAACGACCAUAUAUAGUAGUAUUAAACAAGAUUGACCUUCCCAAGGCUCGAGAUAGGCUGCCAUCAUUGGUGCAAGAAGUCUCCAAGAUUGGAUGUAGAGAGGCACCUAACUUAGAAAUGAGGCAGGAAUUACCUACUGAAAGUAAAGAAGCCCACAUAAUGAGGCAGGAAUUACCUACUGAAAGUAAAGAAGCCCACAUACUUUCCUCAGGAGCUAGUAAUGAAGAGUCAAACGAAAAGGGGAUCAAGGAUUAUCCACGACCUCUUGCAGUUGUGGGUGCUAGUGUCUUAAAACUCAUUGGCAUUGAUGAAAUGCUGAGGGAGAUAAGGACAGCCUUAAGGAAAUGCGAAGAUUCAGAAAAGGCACUAGAAACAGGAAAAGUGCAAGAAAAUCAUCGCCUAAUUGCAGAUACCUAUGAACAAAAGAUACCCAAACUGCCUGCGUUGUAAGUAGCCACCAGCUUCUGCUGUCAUGUGUACAUAUUUUUUUGAGCAACGUCAUGUGUACAUUUUUCUUGGAGUAUAUAUAUGAAGCAGCUGAUUGGCCGAUGGCUGCAUUUCACCACAGAGGGUCAGGACUUUAUAGAAAGGCUUGGAAUACUUUAAAACAUAAUAGCAAAGAUUGCUAAUCAGGGGGUUAAAAGGAGUAUCAAUGAGAGAUUUAGUACUUCCAAAAAGGAUGGUGUUUUUUUGGUUUCGUACUUGUUUUCUGUUGAUUGUCAUGUACUCUAUUGUAUUAGAUGGUACUUAUGUUAAUUGAACUUCAAUUGAGAGUUUUGUGAGACCAAACAACUGACAUGCAAGUGACAAUUGUUAACAUGUAAAGAAAUGAAAUGUUCUCUAUUAUAAACCAA